AUGCGUCUAAAAUCUAUCGUCGAGUCACGACAAUUGUAUAGAGCAGUCGCGGCCCGAUCUGUCAGGUACCAAGCGGUUGGGAGGGGAAGGGUCGCUACCGCGUCUCCGUGCGACGCGCCGCGCCUGGGCUCUCGACUAGCCGCCAGACGCCGCCGCCGGCUCAGUUUAGAAGAGUUAAGGCUGUGUGUGACCCUGUUGCGCCUACGGGACAAGCCGCAGUGGGUGGACGGCAUAGUUCCGAACCGCCUAGAGAACGACAGUGGGUGUUUGAAUGGAGCCAGUUAA